CUCCGGUAAGAGUGGGUAAUUCCAGUCCGCUAGGCGGCCGCAUCGUCCGCGUCGUCGAGGAUGAUGAUGCUCCGUGCCGUGAAUAAAGGUCGGACACGCUGCUGGCAGUAAUACCAACUGCCUCUCUCUCUCUCUCUCUCUCUCUCUCUCUCUCUCUCUAUCUCUCUCUCUCUCUCUCUCUCUCUCUCUCUCAGUCUCUUUUGCCUUCGAAAUCCAUCCAUCCAUCCAUCCAUCCAUCCAUCCAUCCAUCCAUCCAUCCAUCCAUCCAUCCAUCCAUCCAUCCAUCACGCAUCUCAUAACCGUGCUCUGCCAGACAGACAAGACUUUCCCAGUCCAGUCUCCCACAUCAUGCAUCUCAUCCUCACCGGCGCAACCGGCCUCGUCGGCUCGGGCGUCCUCGACGCCAUGAUCAAGAUGAAGGACGUCACAAAAAUCUCCAUCCUCAGCAGGAGACCAAUCCCCAUGGCCGACGACGCCAAAGACCCUCGCAUCAACGUCAUCAUCCACAAGGACUUUGAAAGGUACGACCCGGAGCUGCUCGACAAGCUCAGGGGCGCCAACGGCGCCGUGUGGGCGCUGGGCAUCAGCCAGAACAAAGUCAGCAAAGAGGACUACGUCAAAAUCACAAAGGACUACGCCCUCGAAGCAGCAAAAGCCUUCGCCGACCUGCCACCAAAGGACGAGCCCUUCCGCUUCGUCUACGUCUCGGGCGAGGGCGCGACCCAGCAGCCGGGCCGCUUCAGCGCCAUCUUCGCCCGCGUCAAGGGCGAGACGGAGACGCUCCUCUCCGAGAUGCGCGCCGCGAACCCGCGCCUGCGCGCCGAGUCCGUCCGCCCGGCCUUUGUCGACCGCGCCCACCACGACGCCAUCAAGCCCUACGUGCCGAACCCGGGCGUGCUGUACAACCUGAUGAACGCCUACCUGGGCCCGCUGACGAGGACGCUCGUCCCUUCAUUUGUCAGCCCAACCGAGGUGCUGGGGAGGUUCAUGACGGAAAUGGCCAUGGGUAAGGUCGACGACGGGCUGGCGGCCGGUGGGAAAGGGAUCAUUACGCUGAACGGCGGGCUGAGGAUCGUGGAGAACGUUGGAUUCAGGAGGUUGGCCGGUUUGCCAUAGUGUGUGUGUUGCAUACCCGUAAGGGAUCAUGGCGGUCGGUUUUGUGUAAGAUCUAGCUGUAU